AUGAUGGUGCUUCACGCAUUGUGUGGAGCUUUCCUGUUGGCCUGUGCGAAGCUGUACUGGAUCAUGGAGAACAAGUACCUCGACUACUUUGCUACACUUCUGGCACCAGCUCGUGACCGCCACUUCCGCGUCGUAGGGACUGCGCUUGGAGUUCUCGGAGCAGCUCAUGGUCUCGUAUUCCUGAAUCACCUCGGAGCUUCUGUGUAUGCUGGAAGACUGACCGUCCGACCGGUGAAUUUCGGCUCGGACGCUUACGGUCGCGUGUUUGCAGCUCGCAAGACAGUGGAAAUAGCCACCCAGAUCCCGAACGCGUAUUUGUACAGCACCCUGAUAGCGCGGCCGUGGAUUAACCACGUCAAGGUGGCGCUUCUGGUGACGAAUUGCUGGUCUGCGUUCAUUAUCCACAGGAUGCUGAUAAAAUCUGAAUCAGUAGAUAAACGAGUUGCUCCGUCGAUCUCGUCGACUUCUCAUCAGUCGGUGCGCUUCUUGGCUGUGGUUGUAGACACUUUUCUCUCGGUUGCGACGGGUAUUCUCCUACCAGGAGCGAUUAUUAUCCCUUAUAUGUUGGUCUUCGACUUCAAGAACCUCGACUUCCCGGAUUCACUUCUGUAUGGAGACACAUCCUUCGCCAACCUGAUCCUGGAGAAUCGCGCGUUCUUCGCUAUCUCGUGGGGGAACGCAGUGAUGAAGGGGGUGCCCCACCUCAGUGCAUUCCUGUGUUUGAUGGCGUUAGCGUCCAUGCUCGAUUCCAGGCUGGUGCGCUUUGUGCAUCGUGUAGUAGCUCCAUCCAUUUUCCUGGUUACUGGGAUCACCAUGCUUACUCUCCAUCUUGUGGCGCAGUUCGCCCCCAUUACCGGUGAAAUGGAGGUCAUAAGGAGCUUCUGCCUCCAGCGCAUGCAUCCGUGGCUCGCUCCCAAUGUCAGUUGUGCCGUGAUCAAGUACAACUGCUAUCGUGAGGGGGUUGCUAGCCCUCCGGUUACAGCUCUGGAUUUAUUAGAGCGUGAAUCCGUGCGCAGCCUCAUGUUCUUGCACUGCUCGGAGCUCAUAAUCCCUCCAAUUAUCCAGGAAUUCUCCUCUCUAAUGGGUAUCGAGCUCUGGAACACGACACUUGUGCGGUGGGGGGAGGAAGCAGCUCUGUCAGCGCAAUUUCAUCCUAGAAUGAUCUAUAUGAUCUUUUCGUUUGUCAACAUGACCAGCCUACCCGUUGGAAUUCUAAGACCGCCACUUCCAGAACAGUUGAUAGACUUGGAGUUCAUUCACACGAACCUCACGACGCUACCCGAUGAAGUUGGAGAGGCUUGGAUUAACGUUCAGCUCGUGUACAUGGAACACUCGCAACUGAACCAAUUUCCAACUGUGCUGAUGACGCUCCCUGUUUUGGCCGAGCUCUCCUUGAUCGACAACCGGUUCGAGACGAUGCCUGAUGAUGUUCUACUCACUGCAGCCUCCACCUAUUUCUACGACCUGGCCUUCUCUAAAACCCCAUUGCGAAAGUUACCAGAAGCUAGAAGUGAAGACUUUUACAUUUCCUACUUGGCACUGGAGUACUCACAAGUGACCGAGAUUCCUGCCUGGAUAGAGACCAACGUCUGGGAAUCUGUGGCUGUUGUUCUUUGUGGAGAAAAUGACGACACGUGGGACCCGCUGGGUGAAGAACGCUACCCAACGCAGUAUAUUGAGCCGUCAAGAUCGUUGGAUUCGUAA